AUUGUGUUGAGAGGCAAGAGAAAAAAACACCUUGAGACAAGCAAAGCAAGAAGAGGGUUUUAUUUUCAUAAUCUCUCUCACCUUACUCAUUUCUUUCUCAUUCUUUUGAAUAAUAUCUCCAAAAAUUCACCUCGCGUUUUUCAUUUCACCAUUGAAAUUCAACCGCAGCGCCACCACCUAGAACCACCACAACCACCACCACCGCCACAAUCAAUCACCAAUCAUUGUCAGGUUUCAGUUUCAGUUUCGAUCUUGUAAUGUAAUUGUAUUGUAUCUGUCUCUUCACACUGUUCGUGAAACCCUUCAUUUUCAUUGUUGUUGCCGCCAUUUUUUCAUGUAUUAGUUUUCUUUGUCAGAGGUUUAGAUCAUUAGGUAAAUCUGCUUAUAGAAUACCAAUGUUCACAACCUGUCAUACAUACCCUAUUCUCAAUUUUUCUUUGUAUACUUGUUGCAUUACUAUUUCAUCAGUGUAUGUAAAUGUUAUAUCUUGAUUUUUUUUCAUUGUAAAUUGUUGUUUUGUGUCUGUAUCAUUGAUAUAUACCUCGGACUUUGUUUUUUGUGUGUCUGUUAUUGCAUCCUUAUUUUUGUGUUCAAAUUCAAAAGAUAUCUAGCAUAGAGUAGAUAAUAUAGAGUCAAAAGUUCAUGGCAAACGGGUCUUCCGUUGAUCGUAUUGAAGCUGAAACUUUUGCUGAUUUUCGUGGUAAUGGUGGUUGUGUGGUAGAGGGUCGUGCUGAUAGCGGUGAUUUUGACAAAGCGAAACAGAAAUCUUUGUUUUGUCAAAUUUUUUCGGUUUACCUUAAGGAGGAUUGUGGUAGAGGCAUUGUGAGGCCUGUUCCGGUGAUACUUGGAGAUGGUAUAUCGGUUGAUUUAUACCAACUUUUUUCCCUUGUGAAGGAAAACGGCGGGUAUGAUGACGUAUCGAGAAAAGGGCUGUGGGAUUCUGUCAUUGUUGAGCUGGGUUUGGAAUAUCAGUUUUUGGCUUCGAUUAAAUUGAUUUAUGAUAAAUAUCUGAUUGGUUUCGAAGGCUGGCUCGCGAAAACUUUCAAUCUGGAGAAAGAAUUCCGAAGCCUUUUGUGCUCGAAUCUAAAGGACAAACAUGAUCGUUUUGUCCCAUUUAAAUCGAGUACUAUCAUCAAGCAUAUUGAUUUGGUUAAUCAAAAGAUUGAUGGUAGUGAUGAUGAUGAUAAAAUGUUAACUGAUCCUGUUAAGGAGGAGGAUGACUGUUGCAUGGAAAUUUCUGCCGAGGAAUUUAAUUCUCGCAAACGUAAGCGAGAAGCAUUAUCUGGAUUGGUACACUGGACGAGGCAUAUUGCAAAAGAUCCCUUUGAUCCUGCAGUCAAACCAUUACCAGAACCUUCAAAGUGGAAGAACUAUAAAGAAGGCGAGGACUUUUUCCUUCAAUUGCUGAAGGCAAGAGACAUUCUCUCGGUGAGAAAGCAUGCUGAACCAAGUAGUGGAUCAUCUUCCCAGAAGGUGAAGAUGCAUCCUGCCAUGUACGAGGAUCGUGUUCUUGAUCGCCAAAGUUCAAAGAAAUUGAGAUGUAGUGAAAGGCUUCCCGUCUCUGUUAAAUCUCGCUGCAGUUGCUGCAGUUCAUGUUCUGGUAAUGGAAAUAAAUGUUCUCUGGAGAAAACAUCUCCCAAACGAGACGGUGUGUCUGAAAAGAAAAAAUCUGCUGCCAAACCGAAUGUCACCGAAAAGAAAAAAUCAACUGCCAAACCAGAUGUAACCGAAAAGAAAAAAUCAACUGCCAAACCAGAUGUAACCGAAAAGAAAAAAUCAACUGCCAAACCAGAUGUAACCGAAAAGAAAAAAUCAACUGCCAAACCAGAUGUAACUGAAAAGGAAAAAUCAACUGCCAAACCAGAUGUAGCAAUAAAGGAAAAAGCUGACCCAACUAGUGACGAUUCUCGUGAAAAGAGUGUUUCUAUCGGUCAUCGUUUCCAAGCGGAGGUCCCGGAAUGGACUGGUGUAGCUUCUGAGAGUGACUCUAAAUGGUUAGGCACACAAGUAUGGCCUGUUAAAGAUGACUCAAAAGCUACUACUGAAACAGAUCUUGCUGGGAGAGGAAGACGAGGAAAGUGCAGCUGCAACGUUCAAGGUUCUGUUGACUGUGUUAGAUUUCAUAUUGCCGAAAACAGGAUGAAACUGAAGCUUGAAUUGGGUUCUGUAUUUUACCGAUGGGGAUUUGACCAAAUGGGCGAGGAAGUUUCACUUCGAUGGACUGCUGAAGAAGAAAAGAAAUUUAAGGAUGCAAUGGGGUUAAAUAUCCCCUCACAAAACAAGUCUUUUUGGAACAAGCCAUCGAAAUACUUUCAAAAGAAGACAAGAAAAGACAUGGUGAACUAUUACUUCAAUGUAUAUCUUAUUCAACUGAGAAGCUAUCAGAAUCGUGUGACUCCGGAUACUGUUGACAGCGAUGACGAUGAAGUCGAAUUUGGAUCUUUUGGUGAUGGAUUUGGGAGAAAAGCUAUCAAGCAUCCAUAUAUGGAGUUUAUGGAGUGUUCAGUGAACACGCAGUGCUUUGAUUUUGAGUAGACAAAACAAGGUGAUAAUUUGAUAAAUGCAUCAGUGAUAAUUUGAUAAAUGCAUCAUAGCCAUUUUGAGAUUGAGAAAAUAAUUUCUUGGAUCAGACUUGCAUACUGUUGUCUUUCUCCUUUCUUCAUAAUCAGGAAUGGAUUCCUUCCCUUGGAAAUUUUUGGUCAACAUACAACAUAGAAAUGGAGAUAGAGGAAAGAACCGGCUAGGAAGGGAAUGACUAAUGUGUGGAAACUUGAAAGCCAUUGUGGAGAUGUUAUAAACUUGAUUUUACCGAGUGCUUCUUGGAGGCUGCAAAACCUUCUGUCCCCCUCCCUUUUGGACAGCAUUAAUGCUGGAAAACUUUUUUUUCUCUCUUUCUUUUGGACAGCAUUUGUGCUGUAAAACUUGUUUAGUCGGAGCAAUCGCUUUCAAGUUUAUGUUUUUAGUUAGACAUUUGCAAAUUAAAUUUACAAAUUUUAUUUUGGCGGGUCUUUGAUUUUGUGACAGAACAAGUUAAUGUUUGUUAUCAA